AUGGUUCUGUCUAUUCAAGUUGCUCUCGCCGCGCUACUCUCGGUCGUUUUGGCCUCGAAAUGGUGGAACUAUCGGUCUCACAUGACGAAGCUGGCUGCAAUCCCCACUGUGGGUCAUAGCGGCUUAUUAUCGUCAUACCUGUCGGCUUAUAGAUUCAUCAAACGUGGAGGUGCAAUCGUUCAAGAGGGGUGUGAUAAGUAUCGCGGAGGGCCGUUCAAGAUCCCUUUAUUAGAUAAAUGGAUAGUCAUCAUCUCUAGCACAGACAUGGUGGAGGACUUUCGGAAAGCAGGUGACCACGAGCUUUCCCUCCAGGAGGCUUUCAGAGAGACGUUCCACGCAGACCUCGUUCUAGGAAAACAACCAGCAGUGGAUCCAUAUCAUGUUGGCGUCAUUCAGGGUGCGCUCACAAGGAACAUGGCGUCCAAGUUGGGAGAUUUGUAUGAUGAGCUUGCCGCCGCGUUCAAUGACGAGAUUCCUGCCACCAAUGAAUGGGUAGAAACUAUGGCCGUAGAGAAGGUUCUGAGGAUCGUGUGCCGUACCACUAAUCGAAUAUUUGUUGGACUCCCACUAUGCCGCAAUGAGGAAUGGAAGGACAUCGUCAUUGACUAUGCGACGCGUUGCUUUACAGCCUCACAAUCCAUCAAUUUGUCUCCUAAAUUUCUCCAGCCCUUCGUUGGAUGGUACGUGAACCCACGUCCUGCUAGCUUCAAACGGGCAAACAAGCAUCUUCGGCCGAUUAUUCUCGAUCGCCUGGAAAAGGAAAAGAUGCAUGGUUUGGACAAGGACGCCCCUCAAGAUAUGUUGACCUGGUUAAUCAACAGCGGCAACGUAGAUGAGAGACAAAGGCGUGAUCCUGUAAAUCUUGUGCUCAGUAUUCUGACCACGAACAUGGGUGCUAUACACACUACUAGUAUGGCGUUCACCCACGCGUUGUUCAAUCUCGCGUUGCGCCCUGAACUCAUCGAUAUUCUACGGCAAGAAAUCGAGCCGGUGAUUCAAGAAGAGGGGUGGACCAAAAGUGCCACGGGCAAGUUGGAUAAGCUUGACAGCUUUUUAAAAGAAUCACAACGGGUUUCGGCCUCUUUUUCAAUCAGCGUGCAGCGUAAGCCUUUGAAGGACUUCGUUUUCACCAACGGUAUCGUUGUCCCCGCUGGGACUAUAAUCGUGGCGUCGCCCCGUGCCAUUCAUUUCAAUGAGAGUAAUUAUCCCAACCCAUCAGAAUUCGACGCAUUCAGGUCAUAUCGCUUGCGUGAGGCGGAGGGUGAAACAAAAGGCAAAAACAUGAGCUACAAACAUCAUAUGGCUACUCCCGACUCCAGCUAUCUCACUUUUGGUGUGGGGAAACAUGCUUGCCCCGGACGCUUCUUCGCGGUUACUGAGCUAAAGCUGCUCAUGUCACAUACCCUCAUGUAUUAUGAUUUCAAGUUCUCCGAUGGAGCUGAUGGACCGAAACGUAACGAGUUUGGAGGACGACUGAACCUCGACGAGACGACGAAACUCAUGUUUAGGAAACGGGGAGAUAGUAACUAG